CAUUCCUUUUAUUUUCGUUCUAUGUUAGGUGGCAUAACCCUAUAACCCACUAUGACCCCCUGAAAUAUCAUCAGCUUUGCUUCCCCUUGAUUAAAAUCUUCGUGAUCUAUUUUAUUUUGAAAAAAAGAAUUAUUUUUAUCUUUUAUUUUCUUGAUUUGAUCCAUCCGGACCCAUUUGCGAUUUUUAUACCUUGCGUACUUCAAUGAACAAACUCCUCAGGCGAUUUCACCGGAAGUAAGUUCACCGCACCCAGUCACAUCCGUCGAAAUCAAAAAAGGCGUGACGUCAUACGCCUGUGACUAACUUCCCCCAUUUACACUACAUUGUAAAUGUAUGUUCUCCCAAAAGUGGGGUUUUUAUGCUGUAGCGACAGAUAGUAACGGAGAAUUUUUCACAAGAGCGCUUUUCCACCCAGAAUGAUGCGUCAUCAAGUUAAACCUUUGAGGUGGCACUAAUUUUUCAGUUAAUGUUAGACGGAGGUUUGUAGCACCGACAGUGUCCGUAUUUUAAAUUGGACUGUUUUUAAUCUGAAGUCUCCGUCGGUCACGUCUUGUUGGAAUUCGCUGUUUUCGAUUAGUCAUGUCCAUGAGGACGACGCUUAGUGACGAUGCCUUGAGCGAACGUUUAUCGGACAAGGAUAUUUUCAAGAUCAAACUUUCGUUAUCUUGUUUAUCGAACCGCGUUGUGGUGUGCGGAACAACAGCCAGCCUUUAUCUUUGGCAACCACCAAGCAUCGAACGUCCUUCGAAUCAGUGGACUCUUGAACGGAGUGGAGUGCCUGUGUUAGUCAUCAGUACUGGAGACUGUGGGGCGAGAAAUCCUAAGGGAGUUCAUGUGAGUUUAGUGGAGAGAGAUAGCGGCUUUGCGACAUGGAAAGAGACCCUCACUUCGAACUCUAAUUACCACGAACAACAAAAGAACUUUCAUACGCUGAUGCUCUCUAACGGGGACGGGUCCAUGGCGGGGUUUCGCUUUAAUUGUGAGGAAUCUGCCAAUGUUUUCUUAAAAGAGGUCGAAGCUGCAGUGCAGGAAAUCCUGUCUCCUCUCUCAGCUCCUGAAUUGAAUAAACUUCCGACGACUACGAACAGGGAACGUUUAAAAAAGUUCCGCAAGCUUAAGAAAGUUGAGAUAUCAACGCCAUGUCUGUUUAGCCAUGUAACAAGUAUAACGUCGGCCACACAAAUGGGCGAAGGAGAAAAAUCCAAAACUAAAAAAGACAAAGAAAAAGGAAAACCGUUGAACGGAGAACUCAGCAGGCCUGCUCACAUUAGAAGAGCCUUUAGUAUGUCGAAGAGAAGGUAGUGCGAGAAGAAGCUUUGACCUGUUUUGCAUUCGCCGCAAACCACGGCGUAUCUUAGGAUUAAUAGGGCAAUUUGAAUGUUCGCCCUAUUUUUGCUGCGUUUGACCAGCCAGUUUUAUGGAGAUUGAUAUAUAGAAGUAAACAUCGUCGUGUAUUUUAGAGCGUCAAUUUGGUGACUGGUUUAUGUAUCUGUGGCAAAUAAUGUCCCUACUUGAUCAAGUUGUUUUGUUUAAAAUCGGUUUAUAAGUUGUCUAUCACGACAACUUAUAAAUAAGUCAUCUUCCACGCCAGCAGCUAAGCUAUUAAAUCGUCAGACGAUAGCGUUAAAUGUAUGGGUCGCUCUUCGAAACUUUUGGUGUAUGCGGUUUCCUCAAAGAGGGUUACGGUUUGUGACUAAAUAAGUAUCGAAUUUGGUCCAAUAUCGUGUAAACACAAUUCACUUUUCUCUGGAAUGCAUUUUCAAGGGUUAUACGCACUUAUCUAUAGACUAGACUGUUGACCCAAAGAAUAGUUCUAUUCGUAAAUGGCAUUAGCGUUUCUUUCAAUCAAUGCUUUAAUUCUCUGAGGAAUGUUUUCAAUUACAGAGUAAAAAUGCUCAUGCAAGAAAAAGGUAAUUUUGAUAUGUAAAUCAGAAGAUUCCCUUGUGAUUGUGGGGUUUAAAUUUAACUUUGGCUUUUGGACUAUAAAACAGUAUGGUGCCAGAGGCAUCAGGUCUGUAAGCAUUUCUCCAACAUUCUUAAUUAGUCAUAUCUGGGAAAUUUCUGCGUCAUGGAUUAUCUCUAUGGAUUUCCUUACAACUCCUUGGCAACCUUCCCAGAAUGCUAAGAGAAACUCAUGAUAUACUGGUCUCAUUUGCGAGCAUUUUGCAAGCAAAUAACACGUUUUGAAUAAAGGGAUGCUUGAAUGAU